AUGGUUGGUCAAAUAUUCGUAGAGAUUCUAUAAUCAAUUAUAUUAUUACAACCCCUAAACCUCUUUUUUUCAAAUCUAUUCAUAUGAAUGAAGAACAACAUACAGCACUAAAUAUUGCGAAUGGAAUAGAUAAUGUAAUACAAGAACUGGAUGUCAACAAAUUUGUGGCUAUUAUUACCGACAACGCAACAAAUAUGAAAGCUGCUUGGAAUAUUCUUAUGACACGAUAUCCAACAAAAAUAUUUUUAGGAUGCUGGGCUCAUGGAAUUAAUCUUUGGAUUAAAGAUAUUUUAAAAUUAGAUUGGUCAAAAAAUAUAUUAGAAAUUAAGGGAGAUAUACCACUUUUAUCAGUAGCAUUUUUCAAAUUACAACAAUUAGAAAAAUUAAUACGUAAUAAUACUGAAAUUCCAAAUAUUGUAAUUACAGAAAGUUUAAAAUUAGUAGAAUGGCGUUGGGAUAAUUUUUUAUAUAAUCCGGCAACUAUAGUAGCAUACAAAUUGGAUCCUCGAUAUUGUGGAGAAACUUUAAAUCCAAAAAGAUGGGAUGCUAUAAUUGAAAGAGAACUUAUGCGUCUUGCUGGACCAGAAAAUGAAGAUCAGAUUUUAGAAGAAUUCGCCGAAUUCGUAGGAAAAAUUGGUGGAUUUUCAAUUAAUCAUUUGUGGGGUCCUAUAAAAGAAAAACCAUAUAAUUGGUGGAAUUUAGUUAAGGCACGAUAUCCAAUAUUAAGUGAUAUAGCAUUAAAGGUACUUUCAAUACCUGCAACAUCAGCUGCUAGUGAGCGAAAUUGGUCUACUUUUAGCUUUAUCCAUACCAAAUUGCGCAAUCGUUUACUUAAUCCACGUGUAGAAAAGAUUGUAUAUAUUUACUGGAAUCUUCGAAUUUUACGUUCACUAGAAUGGCCACUUUCAAUUGACGAAUUAAAAAAAAAAGGUUAUUUACUGGAAGAUAAUAUUAUUAAUACAGAAUCUAAUGAAAUUGAAUUGAUCGAAGAGGAUAAUUUUUUAUCUGAUGAUUCAUCAUAUACAAAUACCAUGAACAGCGCUGACGAAAAUGACACAAGCAACAUGGACCAUGAUAUAAAUAGCAUUAGUAGUAUAGAGGAUACAAAUAAUAAUGAACAAACGUUAUUUUAUCAGAUGUAA